UUAGGAAACACUUUACCAGGAGAAGCACAAUGUCGGUGGCUCCACGCACACAGCUCUUCCUCUUUCUUAUCUCCAUCUCAUCCCACAUGGGGCUCAGUCGCUAUAUUGAGGACAACGAAGCCGCAGAGGGAAUUCACGCUCUGCUCAGUUUGGACCAAAAAAGAGAAUCGGAUGAUUUUGUUUUCCGCCGGCCCCUCAGAUGUUUGGACAUGUUGGCCACUGAGGGCUACUUUACCUUUGUGGCCUCUCGGCCACAGCUGGCAUGCGCAGCUUUCCUCAUCGUUGAACCCAGUGAGGUCAUCAGUCUGGAGCUCUCUGACGUCAACAUCGACUGCAGCGCCGGGGACUUCAUCAAGAUGUUUGACGGCUGGGUUCUGAAGGGAGAGAAGUUCCCCAGCGGCCAGGAUCACCCUCUGCCUCUGCAUCAGCGCUACACAGAGUACUGUUCCUCCGCAGCGCCAGGAACUACCAGCUACUCCUCUCAGAACGUGGCCAUGGUCUUCUUCCGCAUUCACAGCCCUGACAGCGGAUUCACCCUCAUUGUCAGAAAGCUCCACAACCCCUUCCCCUGUAACAUCAUGUCUCAAAGUCCAGAGGGGAGUUUUACCAUGGUGAUGCCACAUCAGCGCAGGAACUGCAGCUUCUCCAUCAUCUACCCUGUGGAGAUCCAGCUGACAGAACUCAGCCUUGGACAGGCCAAGAGCAACGAGCUCAGACCACAGAAGCAGGUGUGGUCGGGCUGUGUGCAGUCAGGUGACUAUGUGGAGCUUCUGGGUGGGAACGGGGUGGACACCUCCAAGAUGUUCCCUGUGGCCGACCUGUGUUACUCUCUCAGUGGGCUGGCCCAGAUGAAGAUUGGUUGUGAUAACACGGUGGUGAGGUUGGUGUCCAGUGGGAACUUUAUCAACCGUGUUUCCUUCCAGUACCAACUACUGGAACGCACCGAACUCCCCAAAACUAGAGAGAACACUCUGGAUGACUUCUGCACUGUGGAAUGAGAUCUCUCUCUCUAUCUCUCUCUCUCUCUCUCUCUCUUUCUCUCACACACACACACACACACACACACACACAUAUACAGACAGAAUAUACAGUCAUCCAUCCCCCUGUAAAUACACCAGUUUGAUGGCAAAAUCCCAAUUAAUGAAUUCCUUCAAUAAAAAUGUAUUGUUUUUGCCAAAUAUUUUAUCAGGUAUGUUAUUAUGUCAGCUUUCAUCAUAGGAUAUUUAUUCAAAGAAUUAUUUUUUAUUAAUCACAUUUUUCCUUGAAAUGGUUAUUAGCUGUGUGGGAUGAUUUAUUUUUUUCAUUUUUACCUUUUUUUUUUUGUGGAAUUAUGUGAAACGUUUUUUGCCAAGUGCAUUUGUAUCAAGAACUCACUCAUUUACCCUCUGUUUAUAUCAGCUGCUAUGUUCUUUGGGAGGUUUUACAUUUCAUCUGUUGUUUCGAUUCUGUUCUGUUGCACAUACGGCUUAAAAAUAAAUAUGACUUGCAUGAUAAAGCA